AUACAGAAUGUAAACAGAAAACAGCUGUUCAAAACAUGUAUGUGAAUUGAUAAACAUAGGUUAAAAUUAUGUGUAGUGUUAAAUAAAUAAGUUUUUCCAAUAUAAUGAAACAUAAACCAAAUAUUGCAAGAUUAAUACCUAUUUUGCCGUUAAAAAUCAGCCAUAUAUUCGAUUACUUACUAGUUGAUACCAUAUUCUCAAGAGACAUGUCGAAGAAGAAGUCAAAAAUUAAGGCACCAGUGAGUCCCAAACAAGCUGCGGUUAAUCCAGAUUUAUUAACGUCUAUAAAACCGGCAUCAAACAACAGUGUCGAACUUCACAUUUUAGCAAAACCUGGGUCAAAGCAGAAUUGUCUCACAGGCAUAGAUAAUCAAAAUAUACAAGUACAGGUAAAUGCCCCUCCUGUUGAGGGUGCUGCAAAUGCUGAAUUAAAAAAGUAUCUUGCAUCAGUUUUAGAUGUCAAACAAAGUUCUGUUCAGUUGCAGAAGGGUCACAAAUCUAGAAAUAAGGUUUUUGAAGUAUCAAAUAUGUCAGCUGAAGAUAUUCAAGCAAAGCUAUUAGCUCAAGUUAAAACUAACAAAUAAAAAACUUUCUAUUUAUUGGGUAAGUUUAUUUUUUUGGAAAGGAGAAUAAAUAAAAAUUGGA